UGACGUGACGGGGAUUCCUCGAUACGUCACACGGGCUAUUUAACUGGGUGGACUUCUAACUAUAGCUUAUUCUCUUCCUCCCUGCGAAGCUAUACAACGCUGAAUCACAUGAAGCUCACUGUUUACAACAAAGAAACCAAACCACUCGCAGUUUUACUUCUAAGGAACAAACACCGAACAACACUUUCAACGAUGUCAAGCAAAGAGGAAACUGCUAUCCUUGAGUGUGCCCAUCAGCUGCGGAAGAUAGGCGAUCUUCUUGACUGGAAGUACAAGCUUUUGGAUAUACUAAUAAGGAAUUACAGACAGGGUGCCAAAAUCAAGUGAGACUGAAUGGCAUCGAUGGAAGUGCAGCUGACGUGACAGGCUAGGUACAUGCAACGGCAUGUCCUCUCGCUGCUGGCCCGUUCAGAGAUCGACGGUCGUGCGCUGGACGGAGUUACCGGUUAUGCGGUGGAACAACUGCAGUGAAAGCAUGCCAAACCUAACCAAAGGACCAUUUUCGAAAAUGGGUCUGGCUCUUCGCGGGAAACUUCACUUACCCGCUGUCCUACUGAGCAGCCAGGUCACUUCAAAACCAGCAGCAAGUUUGGGGAGCCUUGAACUGAACUCUUGAGAGAUAAGUGGGCCGGUCAGUGGAGUUGACUGUUGACUCUACUGCGACAAAUGUGAAUAUUUAAGACAUGUAAAUAGCAAUUUAUGGUCGAAAGCUAAUACAUUUGCAUCACAUGUUUUUAUGUGUUAGAAAUGCAUUUGCAUUUUCUCUAAAUAAACAAACAAUGAUA